AUGGUUGAAGAAAAUGCUGCUUUGAACGACUUAGAUUUGAACAAAUCUGCAGCUAAUUGGAAUAUCAAAAAUGGGUCUCAUAGUUCUGUUUUUGAAGGAAUAAAGAAUAACGGAAAGAAUCACGAAGAUAUCAAUUUCUGGGGGCCUUUAGGCUCCGAAUAUGCAUCUAAAGCAUUCUAUUACCGCAGAAAUGUUGAUGAAUUUCUGAGUAAUCCUUCAGCGGGUCAAUUUGAAGUUUUAAGCGUAAGUUUGACCCGUUUGUACCGGGCCUACUUAUGGAAGCACCAACUCCAAAAAAUUAAGAAACUCGCCAAACUCAACAUGCGUGCUAUUAUCAAGCUGCUGGAAUUAGAAGCUUACGAGAAUGCUACGCGUGCAAUGCUGAUUGCAUUCAACGAGACAAGUCCUACACGAGUCUGUUCGCUGGAUCAAAUUCUCAUGGCAGACUUCACCUGCUACAAUGAUCAUUAUCUGUUCGCACUAAAAAUACUGGCAUUUCAAAUAUUGAUCAAAAGCAAGUCAUACCACGAGCAUCAAGAAACAAUUCUCAGCGUUUUUGCCAAAGAUACCCGAUAUCUUCUACAGACCGGAAAAAUAAAGAUCCAUUCGAUCGUGAAACUGCUUUUAACUUUCUAUUCUCUUUUUUCAGCCUACAAAACUCUAUUCGGUCUCAAAUUUCUACAGUAUGUCAGACAGUUUGACCUUGAUUUCUCAAUUUUUAUCAAGAAUAUGACCCUACAACAAUUUCAGAAUCAAGUUCGAACAUCAGCCAAGCGAUCAGUUUCAAGAAUUGAAGAUUAUUUGAGCAUUUUCUAUGCAGAUUAUUCACGAUUCUUUACAACAGCUGAUAAACUAAUGCUGCACGAUUUCACAGACAUGAUGAAUUCGAAUUGUUCAAGCGUAGUUUCUGAUGUCAUGAAUUCACUAAGUGCCAUGCGAUGGCACAAAACCGAGAGCAGGAAUUCUGCUUUGCUGUCGUUAAGUGAACAAAGCACAUUGGUUGCUCUGAUCAAAGCCAGGAUGAACGACAGAGCUUGUGACGUGCCCAAAACGGCUGCCUUGUUGCUUAAUUUUAUGCACUUCGCAAACGACGAAAUCAGCUCAGGUCCCAGAGAGCUAAGGAGACUCAUUGAUGAAAUUACACUUUUUCUCAAUACCCAUCUUCCACUUAUUAGCUUACACGUUUUAAAGGAACUAAUGGCAAGCAUGUCUGAAUUUUGCCUCAACAACGCAGAAUCCAAAAGACUUCUCAACAUUGCAAAUGUUGCUUUCAACGCUUUUGUUGUCCACAAUGUUGAUGUGUUUUUGUUUGAAGCCGCGCGACUUGAUAUGCUUGGCCAGACGGUUGUGGACCACCGAGAUCUGGAUCUUUCGAAGCUCGAGAGAUUCAUUUCCAGCGCGUCCUCAGAAAGUCGUGUUCAACUUCUCGGUGAGUUCUUUAACGUUUUCACACUCUUCAGAUACGAGACGCUAUCUCAGAUUUCGCGCGUUGUUGGACAGUUUUCCAGAUGCUUCAAGGGAUUGCAGAGCACUUUCCUGCAGAAUACAAAUGGCGUAUCCGAGCUUAUGCUGUGUUUAUUGAGCCCGGUACAGUUCCCAGAUCUUGGCGCGACGUGCCACUGGAGUCCUCUCACUCGCAUGCUUUACGAGUCACAGCGUGACUACAUGAAAAGUAACAACAUUAAACAGGUUGUGACUGACGAUCUUGAUCCACUCAAGCUCUAUGGACCUUUAAUCGAAACAGCAUAUGCUCUAGGCUUAGAGAUCAAGUGCGAAACAUCUCUCCAGCUCUCAAAGAUUACGGACAUCUUUAUCGAUAAGUGGGUCAAAAGAACAGAACUUACUGACGCAUCACUAAGUACCCUCGAACUGAGUUUGACGCGCAUGCUUUUCGGUGUUCUGCGGUUCAACAAAUUUUACAGCAAGAUGAUUAGCUUGGCAAACUCAAUGCAGUCGCAAAGCAGUUUGUACUAUAAAAGCUACGAAACAUACACCCAAAGGCAAUUAGUCACAGCUCAGAUCGGCCUUCGACUCAAUGCUCAAGCCGAAGGCAGCUUACGAAAAUUACAAUCUUUAGAAAUUCCAACGAAUUUGUCAAAAAUGAAUUCAAGCGAAGUGAUCGAAUUUGCUGAUAUACAGCUUCUUCUUGCAGAGAAGGAUCUUAAAAUCGAAGAGUUUAAUACACUUUUCACACAUGAGCUUCCGAAACACAGACCUGAAAUUUUAGACACGGCUAACUCAACUGGAAUGCCUACCAAGACGUACGUGAAGUUUCUCCUACUUAAUAUCAAGAUUUUGUGCACCAGUUCUUCCUUAAAGUUGACAAAUGGUAACAUACAGGAUGCUCUCGUUGAUUCCAAGAGAUCGUUAAAACUAUGCCAGACGCUUUUAAAAAAGCUCACACAUGUCGACCAAGAGGCAAAGUGGGAGAUCCUUACAAAUCUAGGCAAAUCCUUCACCAAAAUCAUCGAAAUCUAUACCCGGGUGGGCAUUGCCAAAGAUUGUGAAUUUUACGUCACAGAGUACCUUAAGAUUGCUUAUUCAAUCAAGUCACCAAUUGUAAUUUUUGACUGUCUUCACGUCGGAAUUGAGUACUACCGGUUAACAGAACAAAAUAAUUUAGCGGAUGCGCUACUUAAAAAAGCUAGUGAAACGUUUAAACAACUUGAUAGUGGUGAAAAUUUAGAGGCUUUUCUCAUCCAUCUGUUUGACAAAAAUGAUAAAGAAAACUUGGUGAGUUCCUUGAAUUCUAUUUUCGAGAAUGAGACAAGUGAAAGUCAGCUUUAUAACCUAUGGACGCUGAAGGUCGGGAAAACACUUUCAAAAAAGCCUAAUGAUGCUUCUCAAAUCAGGGCCAAUGACAUGAACAAAGGAAAAUUACUUUACAAGAGGAUUUCAAACCUAAUGGACACAGAUCCAUUUUUUAGAAGUAUGAAAGAAUCUGUGGCCACAGUUCCAUCCUGUGUGACACCGCCCAAUCAAUCCAGAGUCGUUCCCACGAGGCAAAAUGAGCUUGGCACCCCGGUAAAACGUAUAAUGUCGUUAGGCGUUACCAGCUCUCCGAGGCCAUCUUCUUUAACUCCACGAAGCAAGCCACUGAAACAUAAUUUUGAUCGUGCGAGGACCCUCAAUGAUCUCGUAACUGUCAAACGAUUGUUUGAGUCCAUUAUCUUAGAAGGCACAAAAAACUUUGAGCUCAUGGAGAUAGCUGAUUUCUACUCGUUAUCGCUUUCUCUUUUGAGUAGUAUGGAUGCUUCCAGAUUUAUCAGCUCAGAUUUAUACCAUCACCUGGCACUGCGCGAUACUCCUCGGUAUCUACCUUUAAUAUUCGACCGACUGUUCUCUCACCAAGGUAACGAAAUCUACGCCUCUUUUACACCUAAACCAAUUUCGAGUAAUGAAACAUUUCUCACUGAUAUUACUCAGCGUUUUGAGCAGUUGACCUUAAACGGUUCCUUCAAGUCAGACUUACCCUUUGAGGUAGUGGGAAUAGAUGUGUGUGGUAUAACAGGUGAUUUAUUGCUGUCUAAAAUGGACUUUAAAACAGAUCCUGUUUGUAUCAGACUGCCAUUAGGUCGACAGAGCUCCAGGGACGUGGACGAGACAGUAUUCAAUUUCAAUGAUGCAGUCCGCGAGCUCAAUGAUAUUAUAAGGGCUAAUAAUAAAUCAACAACCAUUGAAAUAACGUCUAAGAUCAAAACCAAGGAAGAACGCAAAGAAUGGUGGCAGCUUCGAUACGAACUUGAUAACAGAAUGAAAACAAUGUUGGAAAAAAUAGAACGUUCCUGGUUUGGAGGUUUCAAGGCGUUUUUUAAACAAGUUUUAAUAGAGCAAAGACAGCUCGACAGCUUUAGAGCUAAAUUUGAAGAGAUUUUACAGCGGACGCUUCCUUCAAGAAAACACUUCGGGAGCCCAGAUUCUUUUUUCAGAAUUGAUGACGCGGUCCUUGGACUGUUCUUGAAAUUGGACCCUAUGGAGAAUGGCUUCAUGGAUUUGAUGGAGGAUCUUAUCUUCUUUGUCUUCGAUCUUCUUUUAUUUCAUGGCGAACAAAAUGCCUAUGACGAGAUAGACAGCGCAUUCUUGCAUACACAACUGGAAGAGCUCAUACUCGAAUAUCAACAAAAUGCGGAAAUUGGGUCCAAGAUAUGUCACACUUUUCUCGUAGUAUGCAGUGCAGGUCACUUAAUACCAUGGGAAAGCUUGAGCUUUUUGGCAGGUAAUUCAAUAAGCCGAAUUCCCUCGAUUCAAUCUUUAACACAAAUUUUUGAAAGCUGCCAAAACCACCCCUCACCUACCGUUCGCCUUGAUGAAAGAGUUUCGACUAUUUUAGAUCCCCACGGAGACUUGAGUCGCACUCAAGCAACUUUUAAAGAUGUCUUUGCCCAGUGGAAUACCACGAUUCCACGAUCAAGAGCCAUCGUAGCGGAAAAACCUGAGGAGAGUCAAUUCAUUGACAUGGUAAGCAAUUCUAAGCUUUUCAUCUACAUGGGACACGGAGGAGGAGAGCAAUACGUGCGUCUCAAAAAGAUUAAACAACUCAGCUCUGUAGCACCCACUUUUCUUUUAGGUUGUUCUUCCGCUUACAUGGAAACGAAAGGCAAGUUAGAGCCUUCUGGUGUGAUCUAUUCGUAUUUGCUAGGUGGUUCUCCAAUGGUUUUGGGUAACUUAUGGGACGUGACGGACAAAGACAUUGAUAAGUUCAGCAACGCAAUGUUUCAUGAAUUGGGAAUUAUGGGUCAGUUCAAUACUAGCACAACGGUCUCCCAAGCCGUGUCAAUUGCAAGAAAAUCGUGUCAUUUAAGGUAUUUGAAUGGAGCCGCGCCAGUGGUGUAUGGACUACCGCUAAGAUUCAAAUGGUGA